AGUUAGGCUGCGUUGUGUUGUUGUGACAGACGUUACGUGCGUCUCUGACAUGACAUGAGGGAAGGUUGAGUGUUCUUGUGCGACAAAAAUCGAUCACUGAUGCUGAAGUCGAGCGCUGGUUCUGAUCACUGAUGCUGAAGGAUGGCCGGACGAUCGAGCGCUAGGAAGGUUCGUAACGAGGACAGUAACCCGUGCAUCGAGGAGAGCGACGGGUCUCAGCGCUGCAUGGAUGCGUACGGCUACGAUAAGAGCCGCUGUUCUGCGUACUUCAUGAGGUAUAAGAACUGCAGGAAGUACUGGCACACAGUGAUGCUUCAGCGCCGGAGAGACGGAGUCAAACCCGACAUGCCGAACGCAGAGGAACGGGACCAGAUCCUCUCGGCACUCGGAGGAAAACCCUACUGACAUCAUCAGACCGUCUCCUGACAUCAUCAGA